AUGGCAGAACCAGAAGAUGAGAACAACGACAUAGGUACACCUCACCAACCCAAACUACCCACUGGCCGAGUCAAGACACUCAUCAAACUCGACAAAGACAUCAACAAGAUCAACUCAGAAGCCCUAUUCCUAAUCUCAUGCUCCACAGAACACUUCCUUCAAUCCCUCGCUGAAAAAUCAGCACAAGUCGCGUUAGAGAAGAAGAGAAAGACUGUGAAGCUCGAGCAUUUGAGAGUAGCGGUGAAGAGGCAUCAACCUACUAGUGAUUUCCUCCUGGACUCGCUCCCAUUGCCGGCUCAGCCGUCCGAUAAACCGGUGACAGAGCGGAUGAAGACUCGGUCAGAUGAUAAGGCGGUUCCGGCUGGGACUCGGAGGAUUGAUGCUUUCUUUCACAAGUGUUCUUAG